AUGUCUACUUUACAGCGUCGUAGAGUCAAUAGGGCAGAUUCUGGAGACACGUCAUCCAUGCAAUCGACCUCAAACAACCACAAUGCCAGCGGUGGCAAGACCACUAGCGGUCCUGUUGAUGGUGAUGAUAGCGGAAUUAAUAAAAAGAUUGCAUAUGACCCAGAAGAAUCUAAAUUGAGAGAUAAUAUUAAGAUCCCUACUUUGACUUUGAUGGAGGAGGUUUUGCUGAUGGGUUUGAGAGAUAGAGAAGGGUAUUUGUCGUUUUGGAAUGAUAGCAUUUCGUAUGCGUUACGUGGUUGUAUAAUUAUUGAAUUAGCAUUAAGAGGUAAAAUCAGAAUCUUGGAUGAUUCUGCCAGAAAAAGAUUUGAUCUUUCCGAAAGAUUGAUUGAAGUCAUUGACGGUUCCAAAACCGGCGAAGUUUUACUGGAUGAAACUUUACAAUUGAUGAAAAACGAUGAACCUUUAACGAUCUCCAACUGGAUCGACCUUUUAAGUGGCGAAACUUGGAACCUUUUGAAAAUUAAUUAUCAAUUGAAACAGGUCAGAGAAAGGUUAGCCAAAGGGUUGGUUGAUAAAGGUGUACUAAGAACUGAGAUGAAAAAUUUCUUUCUAUUUGACAUGGCCACUCACCCAAUUGCAGAUGCAAGCUGUAAAGAAGCUAUUAAGCGUAGGGUACUUUCUGUACUUGUAUCUAGAAACAUGGAACUGAGCUACAAUGAAUACUUUCCCGAAACAACCUCUUUUAAAAUUAUUAGGACUUUGGCUUUGAUAUGUGGAUCAUAUGGGGCAAAUGUAUUAGAAAAUGUCUUAACUACGUUGGAAUAUGAGAAGAGAGACAAGGCAAUUAGUAGGGCUGAAGAGUUAAUGGCACAAUUUUCGCAAUAUCCGUUCGACUUAGAGAAAGAUACUGAGCUUGGCGUCUCAGUUAAUUUGAAUAAAGAAGUUAAAGAGGAAGGAGAAAGCAACCCCGGUCAUGAUUUACAAUUGGAGGUUGUCGCUGGUGUGUUUGAAGUCUUCUCAAGAAUGGACAUGCUGUUAUGA